CAUACUUGGAUAUUUAAGCUCAUGUAAUAUUUCGUGUUUUCUUCUGCAACCAGCAUUUCCUGAAUAUAGUGACACUCACUACAGGUGAAUUCUUUUUGGAAAUAAUUUGAUUCUUUUGGGUUGUGGAAAAUGGCUGGGAAUGAGUGGAUUAAUGGGUACUUGGAAGCAAUUCUCCAUAGUGGGGCUUCGGCAAUCGAGGAAAAUAAGCCAUCACAGGUUAACCUGCGUGAGAGAGGCCACUUCAACCCAACCAAGUACUUUGUGGAGGAAGUGGUCACAGGGGUCGAUGAGACAGACCUCCAUCGUACAUGGAUCAAGGUCGUUGCCACCCGCAACACUCAUGAACGCAGCUCUAGGCUUGAGAACAUGUGUUGGCGCAUUUGGCAUCUCGCCCGCAAGAAGAAACAGUUAGAAUGGGAAGAUUUACAACGAAUAGCAAACAGGAGAUUGGAGCGGGAGCAGGGACGGAGGGAUGCUACGGAAGACAUGUCUGAAGAUUUGUCCGAGGGUGAGAAGGGGGAUACCAUGGGUGAGCUGGUGAGUUGUGAGACCCCAAGGAAAAAGUUCCAGAGAAACUUUUCCAACCUUGAAGUGUGGUCUGACGAUAACAAGGGGAAGAGACUGUACAUUGUCCUCAUCAGUUUGCAUGGUUUGGUCCGAGGAGAAAACAUGGAGCUUGGUUGUGAUUCUGACACUGGUGGCCAGGUCAAAUAUGUUGUGGAGCUUGCUCGGGCACUUGCUAUGAUGCCAGGUGUAUAUAGGGUGGAUCUAUUCACUCGACAGAUAUGUUCACCAGAGGUUGAUUGGAGUUAUGGAGAACCCACAGAGAUGCUAACCUCUGGCUCUGAAGAUGCAGAUGGAAUUGAUGUCGGUGAGAGCAGAGGUGCUUAUAUUAUAAGGAUACCAUUUGGUCCACGGGACAAAUAUCUUAGCAAAGAGUUACUGUGGCCGCAUAUUCCAGAGUUUGUUGAUGGAGCGCUUGCUCAUGUUCUUAAUAUGUCGAAGGUAUUGGGCGAACAAAUUGGUGGGGGCCAACCUGUUUGGCCUUAUGUCAUUCACGGCCACUAUGCAGAUGCUGGGGAUAGUGCUGCACUUCUUUCUGGUGCUUUGAAUGUCCCAAUGGUUCUUACUGGACAUUCUCUUGGAAGGAACAAAUUGGAACAACUUUUAAAGCAAGGACGCCAAUCAAAGGAGGAUAUCAAUUCAACAUACAGGAUAAUGCGGAGGAUAGAAGCAGAGGAGUUGUCCCUUGAUGCAGCUGAACUUGUCGUCACCAGUACCAGGCAAGAGAUUGAAGAGCAGUGGGGCUUAUAUGAUGGCUUCGAUGUGAAGCUGGAUAAGGUCUUGCGUGCACGUGCCAGACGUGGGGUCAAUUGCCAUGGGCGGUACAUGCCAAGGAUGGUGGUUAUUCCUCCAGGCAUGGAUUUCAGCAGCGUGGUAGUUCAAGAGGACACAACUGAAGUUGAAGGGGAGCUCACUGCACUUACAGGUGGCACUGAUGGGUCUUCUCCUAGGGCAGUCGUCCCCCCUAUUUGGUCUGAAGUGAUGCGCUUCCUCACGAAUCCUCAUAAACCAAUGAUCUUGGCCUUGUCAAGACCAGAUCCAAAAAAGAACAUCACCACCCUCUUGAAAGCCUUUGGGGAAUGUCCUCCAUUGAGAGAGCUUGCCAAUCUUACACUCAUAAUGGGGAAUAGGGAGGAUAUAGAUGGGUUGUCUGGUGGCAAUGCAAGUGUGCUCACCACAGUAUUGAAGCUGAUCGACAAGUAUGACCUCUAUGGCCACGUGGCAUAUCCAAAACAUCAUAAGCAAACUGAUGUACCUGACAUCUACCGCCUUGCAGCAAAAACAAAGGGAGUCUUCAUAAAUCCAGCAUUAGUUGAGCCUUUUGGUCUUACUUUAAUAGAGGCUGCUGCACAUGGUCUUCCGAUGGUUGCAACCAAAAAUGGUGGUCCAGUUGACAUUCAUCGGGCACUGAACAAUGGGUUACUUGUGGACCCGCAUGAUCAACAAGCCAUAGCUGAUGCACUGCUUAAACUAGUUGCAGAAAAGAAUCUGUGGCUUGAUUGCAGAAAGAAUGGAUGGAAGAAUAUACACCUAUUCUCUUGGCCUGAACACUGCCGCACAUACUUGACGAGGGUGGCAGCAUGCCGGAUGAGGCAUCCUCAAUGGCAAACAGAUACACCUGUAGAUGACAUGGCCUCAGACGAGUCCCUUGGUGACUCACUCAAGGACGUGCAGGACAUGUCCCUGAGACUCUCAUUUGAUGUGGAGAAGUCACUUGAUGGUUCCUUGGACAGUGCUGAAUUACAGAAAGUGGCAGCAGCCAAUGGUGAUCCAGAGGUGCAAGACCAAGUGAAACGGAUCCUAAGCAAGAUAAAGAAACCAGCAUCAGAUCCCCAAGAAGACAAGGAUGGAAAGAAACAGACUGAGAAUGUGGUGAACAAGUAUCCUGCCCUGAGAAGGCGUAAGAGACUGAUUGUUAUAGCACUUGAUUUAUAUAACAACAAUGGAGAUCCAGACAGUAAGAUGCUUCAGGUAAUACAAGAGAUAUUCAAGGCUGUCCGAUUAGAUGCCCAAGCCUCUAGAUUCUCAGGAUUUGCUUUGUCAACAGCUAUGCCAGUGUUUGAGAUUCUAGAAUUCUUGAAAACUGGAAAGAUUGAAGCAACCGACUUUGAUGCUUUGAUAUGUGGUUGUGGGAGUGAAAUGUAUUACCCAGGCAUUUACACAGAAGAGAAUGGGAAGCCCUAUCCAGACCCAGACUACACAACACAUAUAGACUACCGUUGGGGUCAUGAAGGCCUAAAGAAGACCAUUUGGAAUUCAUUAAUAAACUCACAGGAUGGUGUAGGAGUUAUCUCUAAUGAUUCUUCAAGCCCCAUUCAGGAAGAUGUAAAAUCAGCAAAUUCUCAUUGUGUGUCGUAUUUGGUCAAGGAUCCCAGUAAGGCAAAAAGAGUGGAUGAUCUGAGGCAGAAGCUAAGGAUGCGUGGGCUACGUUGCCAUCCAAUGUACUGCAGGAAUUCAACAAGAAUGCAAGUUGUCCCAUUCCUUGCCUCUCGAGCUCAGGCUCUCAGGUAUCUUUAUGUUCGCUGGGGACUGAAUGUUGCAAAUAUGUAUGUGAUUCUGGGUGAGACGGGUGACGCAGAUUAUGAAGAAAUGAUUCCAGGAACCCACAAGACAAUUAUCAUGAAAGGACUAGUGCAGAAAGGUUCUGAAGAGUUGCUCAGGACGUCAGGAAGCUAUAUGAGGGAUGACAUUGUUCCUGGGGAAAGCCCAUUUGUGGCACACACUAAUGGUGCAACUGCUGAGGAGAUCUCAAAUGCUCUUAAGGCACUAUCCAAGUCUAUUGCUUGAAUAUGAGAGGACAAAGCCUCUGUAUCUUAUAUCAAGGUGGAGGUUUAUGUAGUCUUCUUUUUGUUCCUUUUCUAAUUAAGUGCAAAUUUCUAUUCCUCAGUUAUUUGCAAUAUAGGUGUGAGUCAAAAUGUAGCCAGUUGAUGGCCACCAUUGUUUCCUAAAUUCUUUUGUUCAAAUAAUAGAUAGCAGCACGCAAGUUACU